GACCCACUGUGGAAACACGUGGCGCUGUUGAGACUGAGGCAGACCUAGCACGUUCUUCUCUUUCUACCUCUGAGUGACUCAUUCACGGGUUAUUUAUAGCCAUCGUCGCCGUUUCGGUCCGAGCUUUCAGCAAUAGUAGUGAGAAUGGAGACGGUGGAGCGCUGGAAAAUGUGUUUGUGUCUUUUUGUUGCGGUGAUUUUCACUUCUCUCGUAAAUUCUACUGAAGAGCCAUUUGAUUCAAUGGAAAGGACACCCAGCAGUACCACACUUUUGUUUAAUCUGCUAUCAAGUACAAAGGGAUUAGUUAAACCUACAGAACAACCAACCAGUAGUAAUAUAAGCCAUGAUACCGAUCUGGAUGUAACGGGUCAUUCUUCUGCACCAAGCCUGAAAAAUGGAACUGGUUUUAUUGCUCCAUUGGAAAAUUCAACUGUUCGUGCUUUAACUCACAAUGCAGAGAUGAGUGAACUCACCCAAAAAAAUGAAAUGGCUCCUAGUGUUACGGAUGGAGCCCCUCUGGCAGGAAAUGAAACACAAAUCGGAAUUAGCAAACCGACUGUAGGUCCUAUAGACACCAGUAGUCUCAAUACAGAUACAGUGAAUGUCACUGUAGGUCCUAAUGUGACUGAGAGACACAGCCAGACUAUGAUAGCUGGAUCCUCUGUUGAAGUGACAACCAUCCCACAGCAAAUGGGGACGACCAGGAAAAUGGAUGCAACUGUUGAAGAAUCCAGGUACGAAACAACAAUUGAGCCAAAGAAGAAUUCUCCUACAACACCUACAGGGCACGAGGGAUCGAAAGAAUUGGCCAAUUACACUCUGGCAGAAUCUGAAGCUCCACAAGUGCUAUCAACUUUGCAGGAAUCCAAGACCACGCCAACUACAGUGACAUCCAGUACCCCUGCUGGGAUUUCCACCACCACAGAAACUAAGCCCACCAGCCAUCCCAGCACCACCCAAGCCACAGGAGUUGUCACAAGUCAGACAGUCAUCAACAAAGCAACCACGCUAUUUUCUACACAGCAGGAUGAGGACAGUAUGGCCAAUGCCAAAAAGAUGGUGAAUGAGAAGCCAGAUUCUAAUCUAAGCCAAAACAAAAUGGAUCCUCUGGUUAUAGGAAUGAUUACAGUUUUCUUCAUAAUAAUUGGAAUUGUUUCACUUCUUGGAUAUCUGAAGUACCGGCAACGAAUCAACCAACCAGAAUUUAGGCGCCUUCAUGAGCUCCCAAUGGAUGACAUGAUGGAAGAAGACACACCAUUGUCCCUCUACAGCUACUAACAAUCUGCUGUCAAAAUGAGAUCUCAUCAACAGUGCAACUAUUGUGUUUUGAAGUAUUGUUGGCUGGGACAUUGAGGACUGUAACAUUUUUAGUGUGAGCUAAACUUGCAUUCAAACGUAUCUUUUUGUUUUCUUUAACUUGUGGCUCAGCUGGGGUUGAACAUUGGUCAAAAUUGAUGUUAUCCUGUCCCCAAAGUAUUUCAUUUGCUAUCCAUAGAGUUUUAAACAUUAUCCUAUUUAUUCAAACACACUUAAAGCAACUGGCAACUUUUUAACUUAUUAGUAGACCAAAAAAUGAGAACCUUUCUCUCUGCACCAAACACAUCUUGUAGAAGGUAUUACAGAUGUUCAAACAUAACCCAAAGGAGCUAGUAUCCAACAUUCCUCGACAGGUAUCACUGUUAGUUUCUGAUGUCCUAAGCGUAUUUCUUGAACCUAUAUCGAUAGGUUUCAGAACUUGCAGUAUUUAUGGAAUUGGUAAAUGGAUGUUUUAAGUUCCAGUACUUAUGGUUUUUUUCCCCCCGCAUGCUGUGGUAGUGUAGCGGUUAACAUGAUGUUAAUGCAGCUCGGUGUCGAAGAUUGGAGUUCAAUUCUGGCGUUAUCUGUAAGAAAGUUUGUACAUUUUUCCCACAUGCGCAUGCAUGGGUUUCUUCCGAAGUCUUUCGGUUUCCUCCCACAGUCCAAAGACAUACCAGGUAGUAGGUUAAUUGGUCAUUAUAAGUUGCCCCGUGAUUAGGAUAGGGUUAAAUCUGGGCAACAUAGCGUGGUGGGCCGAAAGGCCUGUUCCUUGCUGUAUCUCUAAAGGAAAAUAAAACAAAUGCUGGGAAUGAGAAUUUUCUGAAUUUAGCAGAAUCCAAGCCUUUUGAUUAUUAAAUUCUAAACUUGCAAAUGGGUAUCUGACUUCUAGUUUGCCAUUACAACUGAGAAACACGGCAUUGCUGGUUGCUGAUUACAGACAGACCAUGGAAUUGGCACCACGUGGCCCACACCUUGGCUAAGUUUGCUUCUAUCCCAUAACCGGUGACCCUGUUGUAGGCUUCCCAGCAGUUUGUGGGGAACUUUUAGGACAACUCCAAUUUUAAAAAAAAUGUGGCAACUCUGAUUUUCAAAACCAGUGCUGUGAGUCUGUAGUAUAUGAAGAAUGUUGUGGAGGUUUUGUUUUCUGAUCAACUAUGGAACACAACUUCCCCCUUCCGUCCACUCCAUAUCUAGUUAUAGACCCAAAUCUAUUAUACUAUUGAAGACAGAUCUCGCUGUAUAUCAGGGUGCAGUACUCAUAGGGAUAGGUCUGUUACUGCACAACAUUAGGGUGGAAUGUUGGGGAUGGGUUUUUUGUAACAGUACAAUAUUGGGGAUGGUGUAGUUACUGUAUAACAUGAUACAGUGGUAGACAGAUCUGUUACAACACUAGGGUACAGUACGAGUGGGCAAGUCUGCUACUGUAUAGCAGGAUGCAGUGUUGGUAUCUAUUACAGUAUUACAUGGUACAGUACUGAUGGGCACUGGUUUAAUUGUCUAAUGGUAUAAUACUGGUGAGAAUUGGUCUGUUACUGUAUAACACUAGUGUAGAGUGUUAUGUUCAAAGUAAAUUUAUUAUCAAAGUACACGUAUGUCACCAUAUACAGCUUUACAGUUUGUUUUCUUGCGGACGUAUACAGUCAAUCCAAGAACAUAAGAUGAGAAGUCCUCGAGAGUGAGUCCAUAGGUUCUCCCCUCUGUUUCAAGAACCUGAUGGUUGAGAGUAAUAACAGUUCCUGAACCUGAUGGUUUGAGUCCUGAGGCUCCUGUACCACCUUUCUGAUGGCAGCAGCAAGAACAGAGCAUUGCCUGGAUGGUGGGCGUCUUUGAUGGAUGCUGCUUUCUUGCAACAGUGCUCAAUGGUCGAUAUCCAUUAUUUUUGUAGGAUAUUCAUUUUGAGGGUGUGGGUGUUUCCAUACCAGGCUGUGAUGCAACCAGUCAACAUCACACAUCUAUCAAAGUUUGUUAAAGUUUUAGGUGCCAUGCCAGAUCUUUGCAAAUUUCUAAGGAAGUGGAGGUGCUGCUGUGCUUUCUUAAUAAUGGCACCUAUGUGCUGAGCGCAGGACAGAUCCUUUGGAAUGAUAGCACUGGGGAAUUUAAAGUUGCUGACACUUUCCUAUGUGAAUGGGUUUUUUCCCCCCCCCGUACUAACUGCAGUUUCAAAAAGCUCUCUGCAGUAGCUGGUCCAAACCCAUUGGGAUGUAAGUUAAUCAUGAAUUAUCAUUGCUAUAUUGGCCUCCUUGUUGGAUUUUAUUGACAGACGUGGCAAGCACAGGAACCUGAAGUUCAAUUGUCAUUGAGGGUGGACAGGAAAAUAAAGUGCCUGCUUCCUGAUGCAUGGAGGGGAAAUGUCUGCUUUCUGACCAAGGUGUGAACAGCUUGCUUUUAUGUUAAAAAUAUUUAUGAGUGACUUGGAGAAAGUAAAUGGCCGUGAGAAGUGAUUAGGAUAGUAAACUUUUUCCUCCCUGCAAAAGUAGAGCACUGCAUUUCAGUCUCCUUGUAGGGUGGGCCAGUAGUCAUGUUCUCAGCUCGAGCCUUGGGGUGGUCACUCUGAUGGCUGGAGCCCCGGAACAGGAUGGAAGUUUUGGGCUGUUUGGGCAUUUUCCCCUCUCCCCCUCCCCCCGAUUAUUGAAGAUGUUUAUUUUAUGAGCAAAUUAUUCUGAAUUGUACUUUCUGUUAGGAUUUUGGAGAGAAUUAUUUUUUGUUUUAACCCCUGGGCUUUUGAUAAUAUUAUCACAUGCAGGUUUUGCAACACAAUUUACUAAAUCACCCUGUUCUUAAUAGCAGCUAGUGUGAAAUGGGACCAAUGGUAUAAAUUGUAUCAGUCAAUGUUCCCCUAUUUGCUGUAGCUUAAAUAUUAUUAGAUUGUGCUUAAGUCAUUGUCCAGAUUCAGCAAAGUGAACAAUUUAAUUAUACUUGUAUUGAGUUAUAAAGAUUUCUUUCUUCUGUUACUGCUAAAGAUAUAUUGUGAAGAACAUUUUCUUAGAUUGAAAUGCUACAUGAACUGUUGAUUCAGUGACGACAUAUAAUGCUGCAAUUCUGAGUGAGUAGUUUCUAUGGUGCAGUUUCUACUUAAGACCUUUGUGUAAGGGAAGUGAUUUGAAAGUAUAUUCUAAAUUGUGUUAAUUUUGUUAGGCUCAGAUGUCUAACUUUUUGUUGAGUUUUUGGAGGGUGGGAAGAACCAAGUGAUCAUUCUUGUUUAAUGUGGAACUGCUCAAUGCACAUUGAAUUUUUCAGGUUCUUUUGAAUUGGCCUUGCUUGUGUUACUUUUCCUUCUCAAAUAGGAGUAUUCGUGUGUGCAUCCUUUUAAAUAUGCAGUGUUAGUUUGCAUUUUUUUGUUGCCCUUGCACAGAUCAAUUGAAAUUGAAUCUUAAUUAUUUGGGCACUGGCUACAAAAUUAAUUUCAGGCAGUUUUUCAUUUGUAUGUGCAAGGUUAGCUUUAAGGCUGUGAUGGUAAUAACUUUUGUAGACAAAGUAUUUACAAACAGUAGAUUUUAAAAGAUGCCACUUUUCCUUUGGUAAGUUUAUUAGUGAAUUGAGUAAUAAAACAGUCAAAGGGUUCUGCACUGUUGUUCACAUGGAGGUGCUGAGUGUUAUCAUGGAGAUGGUUCAAGUGUUGAAUGGUUUGUAAAAGUUGGAUUUCUCACUGCAGUGCUUCCAGUCUUUUUUUGAUGGAAAUACUCCCUGACUUUCAUUCGGUAUCCUUCUGCUUUACGGUCAUCUUGAUCUUCAGCUGAUGGUGCUUAACACAACUGAGCAAACUCCUGUGAGUCAACAGGUUGAAGGGAACGAUACUGAUUUCCACAAGCCUGUUGUGCCUUUGAGUAGGAUUGUGGUUGACUCAUAUCCCUAGCUUGCUUUACCUGCUUUCUUUUCAAACUUUUUGGAAUUUUGGGGUAAUGGCACCAAUCUUCAGAAACAUCCAUGGCUUGAUUUUGAAGAGGAGGAUGUCAUGUUGGACAGGUGUGAGAUUGGACAUGAAAAUGUCUCUUUUUCAUGCUGGUAUUUGAGUAAUUUAAAGCACAAAGGACUCUUCAGUAUGGAUUCACCCACCAGUAGAAACUUUCUCUACACUUAACACGAUUGGAUUUGAGUAUUCUGCUGUUGAGACAAGCUUUUUAAUAUUCCAUAUCCAUUGAUAUAAAGGCCAGUGAUGUACUCUGUGAACCUUUGCAUUUUUGUCUGUAAGUAAGCAUCUAGAUGCAUUGUUCCACUGUUUUGUCAAGAAGAGGCACUAUAUUGCCUAUUUUGCUGGCUGGUUGCAGUUAUCAGCUGCAGGGCUGAUUUAGUUUCUGCUUUUGACAACGUCAGCAGUGCUAGCCUUGCUUUCACUGGUCUACAAUCUUAUAUUACUUGUAAUGUGAAAGGAUGAGGAAGAAUUGCAUAUUACUCCAUCAGACAUUUCAUUUUCAAACAGUAUUAUAUAAAAGCCUGAGCCUUGAUUAUUGUUUUUAAAUUUUAAAUCUUAGUGAAAUAUCAUUUUUGAAAUCUAAGGAGUUGGUUAAGUACAUAAAAUGAAGUAUGUGGUUGCAAAAUAAAAUGCUGGCAGAAACAGUCAAUAUUUCGGGCAGAGACCCUUCAUUAGAACUGGGGGGGGGGCUGGAGAUAGAAUAAGGUGGGAGAGGGGAAGGAGGACAAGUUGGGAGGUGAUUGUUGGAAAAGGUGUAAAGGACUGAAGGAGAAAUCUGAUGGGAGGAGGAGCACUGGAGUGUGUGUGUGGGGGGGGGGGGUGUUGAUGGGCAGCUGCGGAGAAGAGGUAAGCGGCCAGAAUGGGGAAUUGAAGUGGGGGUGGAAUUACUCUAAGUUGGAGAGAUCUGUGUUCAUGCCAUCAGGUUGGUGACUACCUAGAUGGAAAAUGAAGUGUUGUUCCUCCAACCUGAGAGUGGCCUCAUUGUGGCAGAAGACGAGGCCAUGGACUGACAUGUCGGAAUGGGGAUAGGAAUUAAAAUGGUUGGCUACUGGGAAAUCCUGAUUUUUGUGGGUGGAGUGGAGGUGCUCAACGUAGCAGUCCCCCAGUCUACAUCAGGGCCACUGGAUACAGUAAACAAACCCAACAGAUUCCCAGGUGAAGGAUUGUUUGGGGCCCUGAAAGGAGAUGAGGGACGAAGUGAAUGGGCAGGUGUAGCACUUCUGGCACUUGCAUGGAUAAGUGCCAGAAAGGAGUUUACUGGGGAGAGCUGAAUGGACAAAAGGAAUCGUGGAGGGAAUGAUCCCUGCGGAGAGUUGCGGGGUGGGGGUGUUGGUGUGGGGAGAGGUCAAGAUGUAUUAGGUGGUAGAUGCUACCUGACCUGCUGAGGUCUUCUAGCACUUGUUUCUUUGCUCCCAAUUCCAAGAUUUCUAAUUUUCUUUUGUCUACUGUUAAUUGCUAUGUUCCUUUGAUCAUAAUUCUGAACGUAUUGCACAAGUGCCCCCUGGUGGACUUCUGUAUUCAUAGCAAUGGGGAAUAGAGAAAGGAUGGAAAUAUUUUCAUGCUGUUCUUUUGUUCAUUAAGUUGUAAAUAAAAUCAAAUUCACACAAAACUAAAUUAUUCCUUCUUUAAAUAUUAACACCUUAAAUUGAAUGAUAUAUUAGAAUUGUUCUGCAGGUUUCAAAGUUAGAUAUGUAUGAGUUGGGUAAAACAUUUGUUACUUUUUCAAUGUCUCCAAUUUUAAAUCAUUGCCUUGUCUAACCAUCAACUGAAACAUAAUAAAGGUAUGAAUAAUUCUGCUAAAGAGAUAUUAAUUUAUCAAAGUAACAAUUUCAAGAAGCUAGAAAAAUUAUCUGUUGGAUUCUGAAUGGACAGGCUUCUAGCAUUUUCCUUGAAUUUGCAAGACAUGCUUGCAAUCUUGGUAAUCUCCAGAUAAUCUUUUAAAUUUGAGGUUUUGUAAUUAGAGGAAACAACAAAAGUGGGGAAGCUGAUGGGAAAACUUAAGAGAUGUAGCUGUUCAAGAGACAAUACCCUGAAGUAGUAUUACCAAGUCUUUUGGGUUCAGAAUAAUAUCUACAGUUUUGAAGGUAUUAAAUGCUAUGCCAGGUCACAUCUAGAAUUUGACCAGCAAAAAGAGACUAUUCAAGUCCAUGAACCAAUGCAGAACAAGCCUGAAACUACUUGUAUGAAAACCAUAAAAGUACUGAAACCUUCUAAGUUUUGCAACCUAUUAGAGGGAAGAACAUUGCUCAAAAAUUUCUGUGUUAAAGAAGAUGUUCAUUAAGAUAGAGAAAGUGAACAUCUAGCAAUAUUUACAUAAUACGUUCUUAAGGCAAUGGUUCCCGGGAGCUCACCGACUGGCCGUGGAUUUGGGGUAGUAAAACGAAAUUUCACACCAGAUAUUUGGAGUUAUUCUUUCAUGCUCUGCAUUUAGUCAUGGAAAUGUUUGCUAUGAAAGGUUUAUGGAGUCAUUGUUUUUGUUCUUGUAAUAGUUAACAUUCCGCAUUGACUGAUUUCAUUACGGAAGAAACUGAAUAAUUAGCUGCUUUAUUCCAAAGUAGUGGCUUAUGCAAACAUUUAGAUGUGUCUGUUUUGGAGAGAACACACUUUUUCCAAACCGAGUGAUCAUGGGCUUGAGUACUCUGUAUCUUAAAGAAUGGUAAUAACAUGUUUUACAAAAAAUGUUCAUGUUCCAUAAUAUAUUAGUUCUUAAAAUUGCGGCAUUUGUCCUUCUGAAAUCUCUCCAGUGGAGAAAAGGCUGCAGUUUUAAAAACUAGUAUUUUAUGGAACCUUAACAUCUUUGGGGGGAAAAAAAUUGCUAGCCUCACAGAACUGCUCAAAAGACUAAAAUGUUUAAAAUAAUAAACAGAUCAGUGAUGUUACAACUGUAUUUUUGAUUUUACUUAUAAUUUAGUUCAUGUUAUAAACUGUUGACCAUCUCAUGAUCUGCUCUCCAGCUACCCUUUGUUACCAAUAUGUGUUUUUCCAUUGACCUUAAGUAUUCAACAGAUAUAACAAGGGCUGAGCAAAAAUAACAUAAUAUUAACUAUGACAGACCAAUCUUGAAAUGAAGAGAUCUUGCAAAACAUGCACAUUUCAAUAUUACAUUUUUAACUGGAUAAUGAUGAAAAAUGCAGUUUUUAAUGAGGAGAAAAAAACAUGGUUAUUUCUUUUGCCUUGAGCAGACAUCCUGUACAAUUAUUGAAGAAAAAUUUCAGUUUGCUACAUGUUAGUUGAAAUUUAAGUUUUAGGAUACUUGUAUGUAGUAACAUAACAGUACUUUUAAGAUAAGAGUAUGGCCUAGAUAUUUGCAUUUUAAGUUAUAUUUGGUUAUUAGGUAAAGAUUUAGGGCUCCAAGGGAAAAUUCCAAAAUAGUGCAAGGAAUUGUAAUGUGCAGAAUUGAAGCAGCAUGUAUCUCAUUAGUAGACAUUGCACCCCUACUGACAAUGUAUCAGCCUGUUGAUAUUGCUAAUUUGUCAUUUUUUGUGAAAUUUUACUUGUUAGCAAGUGAGACUUAGAGAAAGUUGAUCAUUGACAACCUUCCCUGUGAUUUGCAUCUGAUUGUGUAAAAAGUAUACUUCUAAAUUUGAGUGGAAACAGUUGCACUAUUUGGAUUGUCUUCAAAUGAUCAAAGUUGUGCAGAAAACUGCUGCAAACAUUUGUGUAAUUUUAGUUUCCUAUGGAAUGUUUGUUUAUGGCAAUAAGUAGGAAAUGUUCUGAAUGUUAAUUUUAUACGAUUGUCUUUUUCUUUUAUUAAAUUGAUUUUCCCUUCAACUUGUGUGAAUUCAUUCAUAAGUUACUUGCU